GGUUGGAAUUAAAGAGUUUGUGUUGUGAUUCUGAAUUUCUGAUCAUUGUGUUAUGAUGCAUUGACCUUAAUUCGAGUUGGGUUUUGAUGGGAUCAAACAGGAUCAGCUGGUUUUUCAAAUGGUGGAUGCUGUUUUUAGUCCUCUUGUUUUUCUGCUCAUUAGUCCUCAGCACGGAUGAUGUCACUGGUGAUUCUUUGGAUGCUCUCCUUCGGGACUUCGCUUUGAAAGAACUGAUCAAACACCGGCCUCACACCAGCAUUCUACACAAGACUCCUCUUCCUAGUAACCUCUCCGGCAUCGAAGUUUCGGUGGUGAGGCUCAGAAGCAGGCAUUUCUGGAUCAAUGGUGCCAACUUCAGUGCCUUCAGCAUCCCCACAGGGACUCUACCGGUUCCAUAUGUGAGGAGAAUUGCAAUAGUGUAUCAAAAUCUGGGUAACUGGUCUUCCCACUUUUAUGGUCUGCCUGGUUAUGAAUUGAGUACUCCUGUGGUGGGUUUCAUGGCAUUUGAUGCAUCAAACUUGAGCAUCAAGAGCCUCUCAAAGAUCGAUCUCAACACGACGGGAAAACCUGUUUUGAUCCAUUUCUCCAACUUGACAUCCUCAAACGGAACCAGGAGAAGAUGUGCUGCAUUUUAUGCCAAUGGGACUGCCCAACUAAGUGAAAUGAGCUUGCCCAAUAUGUGUCACAGUCAUGAGCAGGGCCAUUUCUCCAUUGUUGUUCCACUUCCACCGCAGCCAAAGAAGAAUUCACAUCAUAUAGGGAAGUUGGGAUUAAUUUUGCUUGGUUGUUCAGGGGCAGUGAUACUUGUGGGUGUGGUGGGAUUGGUAAUUUUCAGACUAAGCAAGACACAGAGGAUUGAGGAAAUGGAAAAGCAAGCUGAUGAAGAGGUGGCUCUUGCAAUGAUGUGGAUUGGUAGCAGCAAAAUGCCUUCUGCAACAUUAACAAGAACUCAGCCAGUCCUGGAGAGUGGACAUGUUCCAUAGCUGAUCUUCUAUCUUUCCUCUGUUCUUUUCUCUUUUAAAUUCAUUUUCUUUCUAAACUUAAUUUUGUUUACUUACAGUAAUAGGGCUUGAAGUUUCUGGAAUUUAUUUUCAGAUGAAGCUGUUUAAUUCGUAUUUUGUACUUGUAAAUGGACAGUUGGGGAGUAGGCAAAAUGAUUUUUCUUCUUUUAAUUUUAAUUUCACUGUUUUAAUUUCAUUAAUACAAAUCGAAAAAGUUUUUAGGACCUUAA